CUCACAAGAUAUACUGUCCUGUUUAUGGGUGCUAUUCGAUAUGGUGACUGUGCUUUGUUUGAGUAUAUUUCGCAAUCAAAUCUAUCAUCGUUCACCCAAUUGUAUGUACCGGCUUUUUUAACGGCCAUUUUCUUCGUUUCGCACGCGUGUUUGCAAAAAUGGUCCACUUAUCAAAACCAUUGCACUUGGAUGCCGGGUGCUGCUCUCUUUCUCCUUCGUACGUUCCUCAUACGUUUCUUCUUACUCGACUGCAAGUAAUCAACAUCUUUUUGUGAAAUUAAUGCUCUUUUUGAAGAAUUUAAUUAAAAAAAAAGCAAUUGCCAUCAAUUUAAAACAAAACAUAAUUCUACACUUCAACAUUAUUGUACAUUUGCUGAUUAUUUUAUUUUUUUAUUAUCAGUUCAUGAAACACCCUUACUGCUGCUGUAAGUCUUGUUUCGCGACUUGCAGCCCCAAACGCCAACACUCUUACUAAUACAAGCAUGGAGUACAGCUACUCGACAGAAUCUAUGAUGCUGACGCUAUAGCAGACGUUAACAGCUCACUCCGGGAGGUGUCGCAUUGAGUAUCUGCAAUGAAUUUCCCACCGUUUGGAAGUCAUUUUCCUGGUACAAUCCCUAGCAUCCAUCAGUUUACUGCUGAUGGUUCCAGUGGAACUAGUGCUCGCUAUGCUAAUCAUUUCCCCAAUCAGCCUCCUAUUGGAGUGCCGGUUGUUGGGAAAUAUCGUCCAGAGGUGAAUGGAGCACAAACUGGUCAAAGUCAGGGAAUGAUUAAUAAUAAAAGUACCUAUUCCAAUAGUAAUGUACAUUCACAUUACUCAAAUGUGCCAUACUCUCAAGCACAAUCAGUGCCACAGCGACCUGCUAAUUCACCAGGGAUGCCUGAAAAACGUUCUUAUCACCAGUCGAAUAAUUUCUUUUAUCUGCAGGACGUUUGUAAUCUACUUCAAGAGAAGAAUAAAAAAGAGAAAAAAUCUGAAGAACAACAAAGAAAUACUGGAGAAUCUGCUAGUACGAUAAAUGAUACGGGCGGACAGCAAGAUUAUUCCAUCCAUCAGCAUCAUCAGCAGCAUGCACACACUCAAACACCUGCAUCAAUGCCAGCAGCAUGGCAAUCUUUAGCAACUCCUGGCACAGUGGCUGAUUAUCUCAGCCAUUUACCUGCAAGUACUUUACCACUUAGCUUGCAUCAUAUCCUUAAAUAUUCUGCAGAGAGUAUUAAGAAAGAGUCUGAAAUGCAAGCGCAUACCACUUCUGUGGCAGUUGCAACUACGACUACACCAAAUAUUAUGAUGUCUCCUAAUGCAAAGAAAAAGAAAAAGAAGAAAGUACCUAAAGAGAAAAAACCUAGACCUAAACCUGGUGAAAUUCGCCUCACGACUGCUCUUGAUGGCUCAACUUUAUAUUGCUGCCCAGAAUGUCAUAUGGCUUAUCCUGAACGAGAACUUUUAGAGCAACAUCUUUUGGGGCAUACACUUGAGCGUCGAUUUGUCUGUGACAUUUGUGGAGCUGGUCUCAAACGUAAAGAUCAUCUAACACGUCAUAAACAAAGUCAUAAUCCAGAAAGACCGUAUGUUUGUACUGUAUGCCUAAAAGCUUUUAAGAGAAAGGAACAAUUAACUUUACACUUUGUUAUACACUCGGGUGAGAAAAGGCAUGUAUGUACUGAAUGUGGAAAAGGAUUUUACCGCAAAGAUCAUCUUAGAAAACAUACACGUAGUCAUAUUGCAAGAAGAGUUAAGGCAGAACUCAGUCAAAAUGCCAGUGGUCAACAACAAAAUCAACAACAAAAUAAUGUAACGAAUAUGCAAGCUACAGCAGUAUCAGCAUCUUCUGUAUUAACUGGUGGUCAUCCGGGUCCUCUCCUGUCCUGAGCCCCGCCAUCAGGGAGCUUUCAAGUUCCCCAUCCAAAUAAUAGUGUUAUUAAUUCUCAUCCAACAGCCCAUCAAUCUCAUGUUCAUCAUCACCAUUUAGCUGCUGUUAAUGCUGCAGCACAUCAAGCAGCUGUGGGAGUACACACAGCUUCAUCAAGCCAAUAUCCGAGUCCAGAACUUAGCUUUCUUAGUCAUGUAAAAAACUUCUGAGAAUUACAAAAAUUCUUGAAAGGUAAACGAUUUUUUUCAUUUAUUCAAUGUACACAAAAGAAAAAAACUGUGUAUUUAUUUCCUAAAAAACGGUUAAAAAGGUAGUAUAAAUGAUUGAAACAACAAUCUUGUCCUACUGUAUAGAUUUUCAAGAGUUGAACAAUAUUUUCUUAAUAGAUUAAACUACAAAGAUCACAUGACAUAAUAAUUUCAAUGAGAUAAGAUUAAGGAAAAUAACUAAAAUCAAAUGUAGUAGAAAGUUAAGAUGAAUUAAUAUUUAGAUAUGUUUUUAAUUUGUAAUUGCAAUAUAAAUUUAGAUUUUUAUUAUUAAUUCAAGUAAUAGAAUAUUUGAAUAAAUGUCAGUAUUUUUAAACAGCAUUAUUUCUCAAAAUAAGUGAAAACAAAGUUUUUGGCAGCUAUAUUUUAGAAUUAU